AUGAAGAAGCUCAAUAGGUCAUUAGCUUCACAGAGUAUCAAGCAGUUAUAUCCUGCUAAGUACGAUUGGAAGACGGAGGUGAAGAAGCCCAAUAGGAGCGUAGUGGUGGCUUUCCUUGACCUGCUCGACAUUCUUGUUCGUUGUCCAGAUCAUCCCGAAAGGAACGAGAAAAUCAACGACAUACAAACGAUUUUCAUAAAUAUGCAUCAUCUAAUUAACGAGUAUCGUCCGCUA